AAAUUUCCGCCAUGUUUUGACAUUGACAGUUCUCCCUCUCGAAACAUGUAAUGAAAAAAAAAUUAAUAUAAUCAAAAUUAUAAAAUGUUUAAUUCUCUCAAACAGCUACACAGAAAGAUCAAAAUUAACGGUUACGUGUCAAGAUGUCUUUCGUUGGAAACUCAAAAAGUAAUAAAACCAGAAACCAUUUCAAAACCACUUCCGGAAUUACAAAACGAUAUAAAACAAUUAAAAGUGCAUUAUGGACAACCUACUCACCAGACACAUCCACAUUUAUUAAAGGAAGGAGAACUUAUACCAGGAAUUCCACAUUCUGAGUUUGUGGAACGAAGACAGAAAUUGGCCGAAUUGAUUAGGGUUUACAGUAGUAAGCUUGAUGCAAGACUGCAGAAUCAUUUGAUUGUGAUACCAUCUUCAACAAAGAAAUACAUGAGCGAUAAAAUCCCAUACACAUUUAGGCAAAACACAGAAUUUUUAUAUUUAACUGGAUGUCUUGAACCCGAUUGUUGUCUUGUUAUUUCUAUGAUAUAUGGAGCACCUGAUAAAGUUCAUUUGUUUUUGAGGCCGAAUGAUGCAAGUGCAGAAUUGUGGGAAGGACCGAGAACAGGGCCACAGAGAGCACCUUUGUUUUUCAAUGUGGAUCUCUCCAAAUCCAUUGACGAUUUGGCUAGUUACUUAAACAAUUUCAAAUCCAUGACGAAAUCUUAUUCACUGUGGUUUGAUGCUGAAAACUGUGACUACCCGGCAAUCACAAAUAUUAUGAAAGAGUACAUGAAAGAUAAUAGUUUUCAAAAAGUCGAAGCGCCUACUGUGUUUAUACAGAAAUUGAGACUGAUCAAAUCGAGCUACGAAGUGAAUUUGAUGCAGAAGAGUUGUGCGAUUGCUGGUAUAGCUAUUAACGAUACUAUAACCAGCUCGGUACCAGGUGUCUCAGAGCAAACACUUUACGCCAAAGUCGAUUCCAGGUGCAGAGAAUUGGGUGCUCAAAGAUUAGCCUAUCCUCCAGUCGUUGCAGGAGGAGAGCGAGCAAAUACUAUACACUACAUAAACAAUAAUCAAGUCGUUAAUGACGGUGAAAUGGUCUUAAUGGAUGCAGGCUGUGAAUACCAUGCAUUUUCCAGCGACAUAACCAGAACCUGGCCAAUCAAUGGAAAAUUUACAGAUGCUCAAAAAAUUUUGUACGAAAUUGUGUUGAAAACUCAGAAAGAAAUCAUUUACAAUAUGAUGACCGAUGGAUAUCCUACAUUGGAUUCGCUGUUUACAAGAAUGUGUUUGUUGCUGGGUAAAUAUUUGCAGGAGGAGGGAAUUAUUAAAAAAACUGUACCAGAGAAGGAUUUACCAAAGCUUGCCUAUAGCUUCUGUCCACAUCACGUUUCACAUUAUCUCGGCAUGGAUGUACAUGACACACCAUUAAUCCCAAGAUCGAUACCGAUACAUCCAGGCAUGAUUAUAACAGUUGAACCAGGCAUUUACAUACCCGAGACUCGACUGGACGUCCCGGAACAGUUUCGUGGCCUGGGUGUGCGCAUCGAGGACGAUAUAUUGGUGACCAAUCAGGGACCAAUGAUAUUGACCCACUACUGUGCCAAAGAGAUUGCCGAUGUCGAGAAAUUGUUCCAGUCGAAAUUGAAGUGAUUUUGUACGUUUGAAAAAUAUAUCGAUGAAAUAUGCAGCGUGUGUUUUGUUAUGAUUGAUAAUGUAUUUUGUAUUGACCCUAUUGU